AUGGAAAAGUUCAUGUCCCUAACUCUCUUUGCAGGCCUGUGCUUUCUGUGUCUGGGUGCCUCUCAGUACCGCUUCGUCUUGUUCUCCACUCCAAAAACUUGGAACGAUGCACAAAUCUACUGCAGGAAAAACUGUCUGGAUCUGGCCACCAUCUACUAUCUGGAGGAGAUGAAUGAAGUCGUGAAGCUCAUUGAGAGUGAAGGAGACAAUGUAUGGUUUGGGCUUUUCCAAGGAAAAACGAGGAUCUGGCACUGGUCUCUGACUGCCAGAGAUUUCUACAAGGAAGGAGAGAAAAAUUUUUAUAAUUGGGGUACUUCUCCAAAUUACCAUUGUGGGUAUUACGAGCAGAAAUUAUUCUACACACGUGCUUGUCAUCUAAAGCUCCCAUUCCUCUGCUUUGAUGACACAAAAGAAGGUCCGGACCAGUAUGUUAUGGUUGAUGAAGUGAUGGGCUGGACUGACGCUCUGGAAUACUGCCAGUCCAGCUACACGGGCCUGGUCAGCGUGAGGAACGACGCCGAGCUGGAGAUCAUCCAGAGUUUAGCCGUCAAUGCCUCUGUGUGGGUUGGUCUCUUCAGGGACUCCUGGGUGUGGUCGGACCAGGCCGACUCGUCCUUGAGAAACUGGCUUCCAGGGACGUCGGUGUGGAGCACCUCUUCUGACACCUGUGGGGCGUUGCUGAAGAACGAAUCCGGCAGAUGGGGAGCACUGAAAUGCACCGAGACGCACCCCUUCCUCUGUUCCUGCCUCCCAGAAAACAAACAUAUGCACUUCAUAGUGAGAAUCAACAUGCAGAACUCAGCAUUAGAUAUAAAUGAUCCAGCAGUGCAAGAUGGGAUCCUGGAGCAGAUGAAACUGAGAGUGAGGAAGACCGGCGCCGAGGGCGUGCAGCUGCGAUGGAGGACGCAGUCUGACGGGAACGUUUUUGACAAGGAAACUCCUUAAAAACCCUCUUGAUUUAAAAUAUGUGGAAGAAUAGGAGCUGUAGGUUACAAGACAAAAACAAAGCAGAUAAAAUUGCAACAGUUUUUA